AUGGAACCUUCAUCUGCUCGCAUGCUGCUGCUGCUUGGCUCCGGCCCAGGAGUUGGUGUGGCCAUCGCGUCGCAAUUCGCUCAGCAGCAUUUCGACCGGAUUGCUUUAUUCGCGCGGAAUUCCCAGCAGCUGCAGAAGGACCGAGAGGCGGUGCUCGCGGCGGCAGCGAGCGUCAACAGGACGGUGGUCGUCCGGACGUGGCAGGUGGACAUCGGUGAUCCGACCCGUCUGCAGCAAGCAUUGGCCGAAGUCGAACAGUUUGGUACGUUGGAAUGUGUCUAUUUCAACGCUGCGCGGGUGGGAGGCAGCCUACUCUUCCAGUUCCCGUUAGAGAGCAUCGAGGAAGAUUUUCGGGUCUCGGCCUCAGCUCUCUAUAUGACAUCGCGUUGGGCGAUACCCCUUCUGCUUCAGAAGCCACAAUCCCAUUCUGAGGCAGACUGGAAACCGUCGCUGUUGGUGACGAGUAGUUUUCUUCCUAAUGAUCCGAUCCCCGAGCUAUUUGCUCUUUCCAUGGUCAAAGCUGCACAGGCAAAUUUGGUCAAGUCGCUGGCCAAAACAUUCACACCACAGGGCGUGCAUGUCGGCCUUCUAGUGAUUGGUGGGGUAGUCGCGCCGGAUGCCUUGGCUUUAAACCCAGCUAAGAUUGCGGAACUGGCAUGGAAACUGUUUGCACAAGAGCGCAAGGACUGGACUGCACAGGUGGCACUUCAUGAAGACGGCACUGUCGAUUGGAGUCCAUCCGUAUGA